CUCUCACUCACUGCCUCCUCUGCUUCUCGCCUUCUCUGUGCCUCUGCUUCGGACUUCGGUGGUCAGUGGCCGAGGCUCUGUAUCUGUGCUUGUUAUUCGCCUUAAAAUUUUCAGUCAGUUCAGUCCACUACUCCACUGUCUUUAAAAAUGCCUAAGACAUUGAAGAAGACAACUGAUAGUGAGUCUAAAGCGACUAACAUGAGAUGGACUGAUGACAUGGAUGGCUUCUUACUUAACGUCAUGUUGGAGGAACAAAACAAUGGAAAUAGGCCUAAUGGAAUAUGGACUUCUCAUGCUUUCUCAAAUAUGUGUAAAAAGUGUUCAGAAUCGUUCGGUUAUACAGUUGAGAAAGGUAAUAUCAAGAAUCGCAUCAAAACAUUGAAAGGUACUUUCCAUUCAUGUUAUGACCUUUUCAAGAACAUGAGUGGAUUUGCAUGGAAUCCUAUUACUGGACUUUUUGAGGCUGAAGAUGAAGUGUGGGAACCUUUAAUAGAGGCAAACUCAAAUGCUAAAAAAUGGAAAAGAACUCCAAUUCACCAUUAUGAGAAGCUGUUUGAUUUGUUUUCCAAGGAUAGGGCAAAUGGUGAAGGUUCUAUUAGUGCAAAGGAGAAAGUCCGUCGAUGGGAAAAGGACAGAGAGGAUAGCGUAAAUUUGGAAGAGAAUAUUGAUUGCUUUGGUGAGUUUAGCAUGCCAAAUGUAGAUUCAUAUUCUCCAAUGGUCUCUCCUUCCUACUCAUGUGAGACAUCGUCCAAGAAGGCGAAGAAAACACCUGAAAUGGUUGAAAUGCUUGAAAAGCAGAUGGAAAUUUUUCAAUCCGGAAUUGAUAAUGUAGCAGCAAGUAUAAGGCAAGGAAAUGAAAUUGCUAAGGAGGGACUUGCUAUUAUGAUGCAAGGACAUGAGAUUGCUAAAGAGGGACUUGCUAUCAUGGAGAGAGGACGUCCACGUUGUUACUCUGAGGAUGAAGUUUUUUCUGAAUUGGUGAAAAUAGGAAUACCAACGGAACACCAACUUGAUGCUAUGCUCUUCCUAAUUAAGGAUCCAACCAAAAUGAGAGCAUUUUUUGGUGUUCCAACUACUGAGUUACGUCGACAAAUAUUAUUGAAGAUGAUGUAUCCUAAGGAACCUUAGUGAUUGGAUAAUUGUCACUUGACUGUUGGUAGUAGCUAACUUUUUUGGGUUGAAUGUAGUGUAAAUUUGAUUUGCUAACUUUUGAUAGUAGUUGACUUUUGUGGGUUGAAUGCAGUGUCAACUCACUUUUGGUAGUAGCUGAAUUUUGAUUUGCUAA